AUGCUUCAGAAAUAUUUGAUAAGCUUUUUCCUAAUCGUAGCGAUUGUCUUCGCUCAUCGUGGAGGACCACCAUUCCUAAAAGGAGCAAGCAGAGAAGCUGUCAAGGAAUUCUUCAAGAUUCAGAAUAACAAAACUGCUAAGAUCUCUGAAAUCGAGAGUCAAACUUCUGCAUGGGCAGAGAAAUAUAAUGUUACUGUGAGUCUUGGAAAACCAGUGCCAGAAGAUUAUUUCAGAGUUCGGUUGGAAAUCUAUAACUCAUAGAAAAGUUAUUUUAGGCAACCUACAAAGCUGCUGAAGCCAAAAGAGUUGAAUUCGAAACUGGAGCCCGUAAAAAUGUGACAACUGUCAUCGCAAAUCUUCCAACAGUCAAAACCCAACUCGAAGCAAUUUUCGACAACAAAGAUCAAACAUUCGCUCAACAAAGACAAGCAGUUGAUGCACUUCGAACAAAAUAUCCAAAAGAAGUUGUGACACUUUUCCACCUUUCUGGACCUCCCCCACCACCACCAAGAGGUGGAAGAGGUGGAAGAAGAGGAGGGCGAAGACAUUAA